AUGGACGCAGCUAUGCCGCCUCAGCCGCAGGCUUUGCAGCAGCCAGGGGCGAAAGAAUCGGCACGAGGCACAACCCCGAACAAAGGUCUGUCGCCCAUCUUUGUGAUCCUGCUUCUCUCGCUCAUUCCGGUCAUGUUCGGCUGCGCUCUGGCCAUCCGCUACGCAACACGGGGCCCACGGGUUGUGCACACCGAAGUGGCGCCUACCACAGUGGCGAAUACAACCGCGGCGGUCACAAUCACCACAACUGCGACCCCAUUGCUCUGGCCCUCCGCUACGUCAUCGGAAUCCCAAGUUACGGAAUCCCAUGUUAUAGAAUCCCCUGUUACGGAACCCGAAAUUACGGAACCCCACGUUACGGAAUCCACUGUUACGGAACCUAAUGUUACGGAAUCCACUGUUACGGAAUCCACUGCUACGGAAUCCACUGUUUCGGAACCCAAUGUAACGGAAUCCACUGUUACGGAAUCCAUUGUUACGGAACCCAAUGCUACGGAACCCAAUGUUACGGAAGUUGACCUGACCGUGCCGUACCAACCGAAGCCGGGCACUGCAGUCCAUGCCGGAGAUCUGCCAGGAGACGUCACGCCGGAGGGUUAUGAGGUCACCAUUACCCUGAACGGAACAAGCCUGGCCGACGACACGAUGCAAGUGACCGGCAAAGCAGUGAUCUCGUACAAGGUAGUCCAGGCCACCUCGAAGCUUGUCCUGAAAGCCUUGUCGGAGACCAUCAAGAAUGUGAAAAUGGCACUCCUCGAAGCUGCGCCCGCUGAUGGAAAGGCCGAUGGUCUGAGUAUCACGACUCUGAGCUCCAGUGACCCGUUCCUGAUCGCAACGCUCGAGAAACCGUUGACAAAGAACAACUUGUACACUUUGGUCGCAGAGUACGACUACGACAAGGCUGCGCAAGAAGGACCGAUCGAGCUGGCGGCAGAGUGA